AUGGAAACAGACAAGAAAUAUAUGAGUCUUGCACUUGAAAUAGGGAGAGAAGCUUUAAAAGCAUUAGAAGUGCCAGUGGGGUGUGUUAUAGUGACUUCUGAUGGGAAAGUUGUAGCUCAAGGCAGAAAUCGAACAAAGGAGUUUCAAGACGGCACUUUACACGCGGAAAUAGUAUGUAUUGACCAACUUGUGGAACACAAUAUAAACUUUCAAGACUGUACUUUGUAUGUGACGUGUGAACCAUGUAUCAUGUGUGCCUCUGCUUUAGUCGAGUGUGGAAUAACCAAAAUUAUAUAUGGCUGUUCUAAUCAAAGGUUUGGUGGGUGUGGAAGUGUCAUGACUGUGUUUAAUGCGCAGUACUAUACAGAAGACAAGCCGGACCAUUUUUGUAUGAAAGGGUUUAUGGAAGAUGAAGGUCUUGUGUUACUCAAAGACUUCUUUUCAUUAGAAAACGCAUCAGCGCCUGAACCGUGCAAAAAGCGGAAAGUGGAUUGA